AUGUUAGUCCUGGGGCUUAAGGAUCCGUUUUCCAAAGAAAGGUUGAUGGAGAGAGAACAGAGUUUAGAGAAAACAUUGCAAGCAGCUCGCAUCGCCGAAACAAGCAAGCAGCACAUGAAGAGCAUAAAAGAAGAGGGUAGCAAAGUUGAGAAAGUGGAUGUAGUAGACGGCAAAGGACAGAAGCCUCAAUGGGGAAUGCCCUGUAGGAGUUGUGGUAUUCGACAUGCCCGAGAUUCAUGUCCUGCUGCUGGGCGACGCUGCCACAAGUGCCAGAAAAUGAACCAUUUUUCAAGGAUGUGUCGUACCCCAGAUGGACAAAAGAAACAGGUAAACACUCUUGAUGACUGUGACUCUGACUCUUAAGUUAUGUUAAUUGGAGCAGUCAAUGCAGGAGACAAAGACUGGGUUGAAACUGUCAAUUUUGGAACUGUUCAAGAAGUCUUUAAACUAGAUACUGGGGCCCAGUGCAAUGUCUUGCCCAAAGCCGCAUGUGACAAAAUUACAACAAACCCUUUGCAACCUUCCUCGGCAAGAUUAGAAAGUUACUCCAAAACUUGUAUUAGACCUGUUGGAAAGUGUGAGUUGCCUUGUUGGGUGCGUGGGGAAAGGUAUCAAGUAUGUUCUCAAGUGGUUGAUGAUAAUUACAUGCCCCUCCUGGGUAGAUCAUCCUGUGAGAAUAUGGACCUAAUCCAGCGCAUAAAUGCUAUUGAAAGUGUCAGUAUACUUAAUGAGUUCCCUGAAGUAUUCCAAGGACUUGGGUGCGUCCCAGGGAAAUAUCACAUUAGUAUUGACCCCUCUGUUCCUCCCGUGGUCCACCCACCCAGACGAGUUCCUCACUCUAAGCGAGUCCCACUGAAGAAAGAGUUAGAUCGGAUGGAGAAUGUUGGCAUUGUAGAGAAAGUUCCCUUGAAUGAACCUGCUGAUUGGGUAAGCAGCCUUGUUUGUGUUGAUAAACCGGAUGGAUCUAUUCGUGUAUGCUUAGAUCCUAAAGAUUUUAAUGUUGCCAUUAAAAGAGAACACUACCCUCUGCCAGUGAUAGAUGACAUCACAACUAGUUGUUCAGGAGCCACACUAUUUUCAACUUUGGAUGCAGAAAAAGCAUGCUACCAUAUCUAGUUAGACGAGGAGAGUAGCAAGCUCCUGACAUUUAAUACCCCCUUCGGGAGGUAUAGAUACCUGAGGAUGCCGAUGGGGAUUAAGUCUGCUCCAGAAGUUUACCAACAAAGAAUGAAGCAAGUCUUUGAAGGACUGCCGGGUGCGAAAGUCAUCAUGGAUGACAUAAUCAUACAUGGUCGAACUGGGCCGGAACAUGAUACACGGUUGAGAGCUGUUCUGCAGCGUGCCAAAGAUAACAAUCUCAGUUUGAAGAAGUCAAAGUGCCAUAUACAACAGGAAGAGGUGAAGAUCCAUGGCCACUUGUUCUUCCAUGACGGUUUGAAGACAGACCCAGAGAAGGUCAGAGCCAUAGUUGAAAUGCCAAGGCCAACAGACAAAUCUGGUGUACAAAGAUUGUUGGGGAUGAUCAACUAUGUCAGUAAAGUCAUCCCCAACAUGUCUGACCUUACUGCACCAUUAAGACAGUUACUACACCAAGAUGUUGAGUGGCACUGGGAAGAGCAACAGGAAGCUAGUUUUACAGCAAUCAAGGAAUCGCUUGUCCGCGCCCCUACUUUAGGAUAUUAUGAUGCAAAGAAAUCCCUGACGCUACAAGUUGAUGCCAGUUCAACUGGGCUGGGUGCAGCAUUGAUUCAGGAAGACCGACCAAUAGCUUAUGCCUCAAAGGCACUUACGCCCACUCAAGAAAGGUAUGCCCAAAUUGAAAAGGAACUUUUAGCAGUAGUAUUUGGCUGUGCCAAAUUUGCAGAGUACAUCGUGGGUCGUGAUGUCACCGUUGAAUCAGAUCAUAAAACUUUGGAGGCAAUUAUGAAGAAGCCCUUACACGUAGCACCCUUACGGCUGCAACGGAUGUUGGUCCAACUGCAGCGCUUUCCAGGAAUCAAUGUGGUAUACAAGCGUGGAGACAGCCUACAUUUAGCAGAUGCUUUGUCUCGAGCCCAUUUGGAAGAACAGCUGACGAAUGCUGAGCAAUUGGAAGUAAACUUAGUAGAGGAUGUUAUCUCUGACCACCAGUUGGCCCAUUUCGCUGAGGCAACUAAGGAAGAUGCGAUUUUGUCUGACCUGCAACAAGUUAUCUUGUCGGGUUGGCCAGAUUCCAAAGGUCAAGUCCCACCCAAUGCACAAGAGUAGCCCAGAGACUGAUCGUUAAGAGACAAAAGAUUGUUGUACCAAGUAGCUUGAGAGGAGAGAUAUCAACAAGACAAUAGCGAGAGCGCGGAACGUAUUGGUCUGGCUCAGGAUGAGUGUGGAGAUAACCGAGAAGAUUAAAAACUGUCCUGCAUGUCUAGAAAAUCAACCAAGUCAGCAGCCUGGACCAUUGAAGUCGCACGAGAUUCCACCAUUGCCUUGGGCUAAGGUUGGCACAGAUAUUCUGCACAAGAAUGGUCGGAACUACCUCGUUACUGUCGAUUAUUACUCCAAGUGGCCAGAAAUGACUCAACUCCCGUCAAUGACAAGCACCCGAGUAAUUACAGCUCUUAAAUCCCAGUUCGCGAGAUAUGGAGUCCUUUCAGAUGUCGUUUCUGACAAUAGUGAGCUUAAGAUCCGACGACGGCGAGAUUCUACGACGGCAGACUUGGUCGAGGGGGCUUGGGGUGAGGUCGCCGUCGCAAUGGCGCGAAAAAUAGCAUUAAGAAAGCCCGCGCGACGGCGGGAUGUUGUAGCGCCUUUUCCUGUUGAAGUUUAGAAAUAAAUACAAGAGUGAUGACUACUUUUAGAAAGGUUCGUGAAUUGUUACUGACAAGUUUCGAUGAUGGCGACAUUUCAGAAGAUGAAUUUUUACUAUUGUAUGAUGUCAACAGAUCUAAAAACCCGGAUUUUCCCUACCAGAAUUACAAACAUUUUGACCUCGAGAGGCUUGACGAAAAGAUGAGUGACAUAAUCCAUUGGACCUCAAUUUAAUGCCAAAACAAGUCUACGAUAUCAUAAUUGUUAAUAAACACAUCAAUAAACACAAGAAAAAACUUGUAAAACUUACUGGGUUGCUUUCUUUGUCGAGUUGACCGAGUUCAUGGCGAUUAACGAGUCAAACUGUUUAGAGAGGGCAAACAAAUUUAAUUUAAAUACCGUGUUCAAAUCGUUUAAGUCGCUUAGAAAUUCGACAAAAAUGGUCUACUGAGAAUAAACUGUUAACAGUGCUAAAGAAUUUCGCUCAAAAUGUGUUUAAAUGGCAUUAUUUUGAUCAAGUUUACUCACGUUUUACACGCGACGGCAAAAUGGCCUUCUUCACGUCACAGACAAGGCCCCUACGGCGGGAAACUUCGCAACGACGGCAGCCGGAAGUCUUUCUAGCAGUAAUUUCACUGCCGCUCGCCGUCACAGACGUCUGCCGUCGUCGGAUCUUAAGCAGGCUAAUGGCCCCUGUUACAACUCUGCAGAAUUUAGGAAGUUUUCAGAAGACUGGGGUUUUGAACACAUCACUUCAAGUCCUGGCUACCCACACUCCAAUGGCCAGUUAGAGAGAACCGUCCAGACCGUUAAAGCAAUGGUGGAGAAAGAUGGUGACCCAUACAAAGCUCUCCUUUCUUACCGAAAUACACCCCUGGAGGAAAUUAAUCUGUCACCCUCGCAAAUGCUCAUGGGCACACGUUUGCGAACCUCAAUUCCAGCGACUGGGUGCAUCAGGAUUUGUUGA